UUACCAAGACAAUCUCCGUGUCACGAAUGCACCGUCGGUUUACAGUGGAAAAGAUUUGCAGAUCAGUGAGAGGGAGCUCUUCGCGUCGUGGCAUGCCCGGUGGAUGGAGGAACAUGGAGGGAGGAGGGAGGUGAAGCCUACGGUCAUCAAUGGAAAGUUGGAGUAUGGUCCAGUUGCUGUUGAGUUCAAGAGAAUGACCCGGAUGUCGAAGGGCUCUACAGAAUCACCUACGCCUCCAGAGCAGCAAUUCGAGCUUAAUUGUCCGGCGUACGAUCUUUCCCAGUACAUCGACAUUGAUAAACUGGAUAGUGGGUCCACCAAACAUGUCAUCUUCCCGUUGGGCAAGCAUGAGGCUAUGAGGAUGGACUUCUUCAGUGACACGGAGUCCGAACCAACGGCGAUGAGAUUGUUUGUUGAGGGGGUGAAUGGUAUGUCGGGGAAGGCUAGCAAUAAGAUGCAGAAUGAGUUAUCGCUCAGUCGGGCUGGUACGCAAGAUCAUGUCGUGAUACCCACGCAGCCGUCUAUCAACGGAUACGUCGCAAAGUCCAACAGUGCCAGUUCACGCAGAUACCCCUAAAGUUAGGUCUCGACACGUUGGACAACCUCAAAGAAACUAAUACUUCUCAUGAACUACAACUUGAGUUUAUCCCUUCUCACGGCACCACCGGGUACUCCUUCAUCGCCACCAACCUCUGGAGCCCAGGUAAAAUUCGCCAAGCGCCCCAAAACCUCGAUGCUAGAAAGUCCCCCAUGGAUUAUGGACUCACGAAUAACACACGCCUGACCUUGGAGCACAGCGGGCGGCCG